AUGCAGCUUCCCGCCCUCGUCUCGUCCUUCUCCCUCCUGGGGGCUGCCUUGGCGGUUUCAGAGCACACGCAGCCCUUGGAAGACAGGGCUGCCACCGCGACCGUCGUCCUCGACACGGCCACCGUCAUUGGCAAUGUCAUGAACAAUGUGGAAUCCUUCGGCGGCAUCCCCUACGCGAAGCCGCCCACCGGCUCGCUGCGACUGAAGCCCCCCGUGCGCCUGACUGACAACAUCGGCACCUUCGACGCCACCGGCCCUGCCGGGGCCUGUCCCCAGAUGGUGGCCUCUUCCGCUAGCACGAACGCCCUCAUUGACAUCCUCGGAGACAUUGCGAACCUGCCCUUCAUCCAGACGGCCACCGGGCAGAGCGAGGACUGCCUCACGAUCACCGUGGCCCGCCCUCAGGGCACCACGGCUGAUGCGAAGCUGCCCGUACUCUACUGGAUCUUCGGAGGUGGUUUCGAGCUCGGAUGGUCCUCCAUGUACGACGGCACCGGCCUCGUCCAGCACGGCGUCGACAUCAACAAGCCCUUCGUCUUCGUCGCCGUCAACUACCGCGUCGCCGGCUUCGGCUUCCUCCCCGGCAAGGAGAUCCUCGCCGACGGCUCCGCCAACCUCGGUCUCCUCGACCAGCGCAUGGGCCUCGAGUGGGUUGCCGACAACAUCGCCGCCUUCGGCGGCGACCCCGACAAGGUCACCAUCUGGGGCGAAUCCGCCGGCGCCAUCUCCGUCUUUGACCAGAUGGCCCUCUACGGCGGCGACAACAAGUACAAGGGCAAGCCGCUCUUCCGCGGUGCCAUCAUGAACUCGGGCAGCAUCACUCCCACCGACCCCGUCGACUGCCCCAAGGGCCAGGCCAUCUACGACACCGUCGUCAAGAACGCCGGCUGCGCCGGCAAGGCAGACACCCUCGCCUGUCUGCGCGAGGUCGACUACACCACCUUCCUCAACGCCGCCACCUCCGUCCCGGGCAUUCUGUCUUACAACUCCCUCGCGCUGUCGUACCUCCCGCGCCCCGACGGCACCGCCCUCCCCGCCAGCCCUGACGUCCUCGCCAAGGAGGGCCGGUACGCCGCCGUCCCCAUGAUCAUCGGCGACCAGGAGGACGAGGGCACGCUCUUCGGCCUCUUCCAGGCGAACCUCACCACCACCGACAAGUUCGUGCAGUACCUCAAGGACUACUACUUCGCGACCGCCACGACGGACCAGAUCAAGGCGUACGUCGCCACCUACGACACCGGCAUCAACGCCAUCAUCAACGGCAGCCCGCACCGCACCGGCCUGCUCAACGAGAUCUUCCCGGGCUUUAAGCUGCGCGCCGCGGUCCUCGGCGACCUCGUCUUCACGCUGACGCGCCGCGUGUUCCUGCAGCUGGCCGCGGUGGUCAACCCUAGUGUCCCCGCGUGGUCGUACCUCGCGUCGUACGACUACGGCACGCCGAUCCUCGGCACGUUCCACGGCUCGGACCUGCUGCAGGUGUUCUACGGCGUCAAGGACAACUACGCGGCGCGCAGCAUCCGCACGUACUACACCAACUUCGUGUACGCGCUCGACCCCAACGUCGGGCUGAACGGGGCGUACCCGACGUGGGCGCAGUGGGGCCAGGGGCAGAACAUGAUGCAGUUCUUUGCCAACUCGGCGAGCACGCUCAAGGACGAUUUCAGGAAGAGCAGCUCCGACUGGAUCUUGAACAAUGCUGGGAGCUUGUACUUUUAA